UCUGUUGUCAAACUGGACGAAAAUGGCCGCUGCUGUGAGGUUGUUGUUUCCUUUUCUUUUUUCAAUGAACGCACUGAAGUAAUAUAUUGUUUUUAAGCAUUGGAGUUGAGAUCUACAAUAAGACAGGGUUUGAAUGGUCGCUCUAUGGAGGUGACGGUGUGGGGCUAAGGACAGCUGCAAGCGGUCACUCACCCAGCUACCGGUGGCAGACAACGAUGAAACAAGUUUUGGAAUAUGCAUUGGAUCGGGCUGAGUACAUUGUUGAAAGUGCUCGUCAACAGCCAGCCAAGAGGAGAGCGUUGUCCGGAGGGAGGAAGAGUCUAUAUCAGAAACUAUACGAGCUCUACAUCGAAGAGUGUGACAAAGAACCAGAGCUCAAGAAGCUGCGUAGGAAUGUCAACCUGCUGGAGAAGCUGGUGUCUCAGGAGUCAGUGUCUUGUCUGGUGGUCAACCUUUACCCCGGCAACCAGGGAUACUCCCUCAUGCUCCUCGGCAAGAAUGGAUCUGACUCUGAGACGAUCCGUCUGCCAUAUGAGGAAGGACAGCUGUUGGAGUACCUGGACGCCGAGGAGCUUCCUCCUAUCCUGGUGGAUCUCUUAGAGAAGUCCCAGGUGAACAUCUUCCACUGUGGCUGUGUGGUAGCUGAGGUCCGAGACUACAGACAGUCUGGCAACACUAAGAUGCCCUCCUUCCAGAGCAGACACGUCCUGCUACGACCCACCAUGCAGACACUGAUCUGUGAUGUCCAUGCCAUGACCAGUGACCACCACAAAUGGACACAGGAUGAUAAGUUCCAGUUGGAGAGCCAGUUACUGCUGGCCACAGCUGAUCCUCUGUGUCUGGAUCCAUCUAUCUCUGUCACCUGUACAGCCAACCACCUGCUCUAUAACAAGCAGAAGAUGAACACUCACUCUAUGAAACGUUGUUUUAAGCAUCACUCUCGGGCGGCGCUGAACCGUCAGCAGGAGCUGUCCUACCUGCCCACGCCCCCCCAGCUGCGUCUCUAUGACUACCUGCAGAGGAGGAAGGAGAGGAAGCCGGCCCCCUCGAUAGACCUGAAGAUCUCCAAAGCCGGAAAAUGUGUGGACAUGUGGAAACAGAGCCACUGCCAACUCACUGUCCCCAAGGAGAUUGAUGUAGAGAAAUAUGCAGUGGUAGAGAAGUCAGUGAAGUUGCAGGAAUCUCAGCCCACUGUCUGGCCUGCAGAGGAAGUGAUAGAUGACUAUACGUUUGAGUGUGAGGUCGGGGGCCAGAGGACCAAGGUGUCCAUCUUCCAGUCGGUGGGCGACCCUCUGGUCUACGGAAAGAUCUACUGCGCUGAGGAAGACAGCAGCGACCUUCACCUCAUACAUCCAGCGUUCCUAAUAGGCUCAAAGAGAGAUGCUGAUCGGUUUCUAUCCCAGUAUAAAGGUGUGUAUGAGCAGGACGUGAAGUGCCAGGUGAAAAUGUCUCGGAACUCAGGCAUCAUGGGACAGAACCAACUCUCAGCCAGUAGAGAGGCAGAGGUAGAUGGUCUAUCAGCCUUGGUUCAGUCGUCAGGUGUGUUGGGGAAGGGGGUGAAGCACCGGCCUCCCCCCAUCAAACUACCCUCCGGGUCGGGCAGCAGCUCCUCAGGUAACCUGUAUAGUUCAGCCCAGGCUACCAGUGGUCUCCUUAAGUGUCUUACGCCCCCUCCAGGAACAGGCCCCGGCUCAGCCAAGCCCCAGUCUCUGAGUAGGAAGCACUCUGUGGAGCUGGGGCAGGGGUUACAGCUGGGGGCCCUAUCUCCCAUGGCGUCGACACAGAGAUCGGGGACCCCGAAGCCGUCCACCCCCACCAAUACCCCUUGUUCCACCCCCUCACCCCCCGACUCCCUCCUUUCCCUCCCUCCCUCCGUCACCCCCACCCCUACGGACCCCCAGGCCCUCCUGACCCCCCAGCAGCAGCUGUCCCUACCUGUAAUGACCAUCCCUCUACCCACCAUGAGAACCUCCAUCACAACAGAAACCAGCUCCUCUCAGGUCAUGGCUAACCCUGCUGGACUCAACUUCCUCAACGUGGUGGGAUCUGUCUGCAGUCCCCAGACUCUGAUGACUUCCAGUCAGAUGUUGGGUCCUGGUCUCAACCUGAGUGGUCUGGGAGGACUGAUGCCUACCACACAGUCAGUUGCAAUUCUUGCACCACCAAAUGCAGCAGCAGCAAAUGGCUAUGGGGGAGACGGGUCCUCGGGGGCGUCGCCACGGCUACAUACCGCCAGCCAACCAAUAAGUAAGACCAAGAGGAGCACACCGCAGCCCCUCCCCCAAUCAUGAUGACCCCCCCCCAGCCAAGAGGAGCACACCACAGCCCCUCCCCAAAUCAUGAUUGAGAGAACUUCACCCAACCCCUAUACGUCUCUAUAGUGUAUUAUUUAGAAGAUGGUUCUUCCUACCAGCCUGCUGUCCUGUUACUUCCUCAUAUGACAUCACGGUGUCCUCUACAGGGCCGUUGAUUCAAACAGAGCUCCUGGAUGGACAACAGGGACUGGAUAGACACAGGGACUGGAUAGACACAGGGACUGCUCCUGGAUGGACAACAGGGACUGGAUAGACACAGGGACUGCUCCUGGAUGGACAACAGCUCCUGGAUAGACACAGGGACUGCUCCUGGAUGGACAACAGCUCCUGGAUGGACAACAGCUCCUGGAUAGACACAGGGACUGCUCCUGGAUGGACAACAGGGACUGGAUAGACACAGGGACUGCUCCUGGAUGGACAACAGCUCCUGGAUGGACAACAGCUCCUGGAUGGACAACAGCUCCUGGAUAGACACAGGGACUGCUCCUGGAUG